ACCCCGAUCCGAAUCCCCAGUCGAUCGGAUCCGAACGCGUCAAUCACAGUUAAUUGCGACGUUUUUUCCAUUUCUACUUUGUUGAAAUCCCCUUAACAAGCAGUAGUCAAUCAACCGUACUGGGUUGAAUGGUAUAAAUCUACUACUUGGAACGUGGCUCCCAUUCAGUUCUGUCCCAUUGAUCGCCGAGGAUAGAACUCGCGGAAGCACAGUGAACAAAGUGAUCAACUUCCUAUUUCUUCUUGCUCAAUAGCCAACCCUAAAGGAGGGAGGAUCCUACAUCAUGGAAGGACACGAAUCUGCCGAAGCGAAGAAUGUCAGCAUCAUCUUUUCGCCGCAACAGGAGGAAGCCGGUGCUUUGGCCAAGAUGCUGAAGAUCUUCGACGAGCAUAGAGUGAACCUUCUGCAUAUCGAAUCCCGAUCGUCGACUCGUGGGCCCGGAUAUGAGUUCAUGGUUGAGUGCGACAGCAAGAGCCAGAACCUGAGCGCAGCAAUUGAAGCCGUUCGGGAUCAGAGUGACUACUUCAACAUCAUCUCGCGCGAUUACAAGGAUAAUGAAGCUACCGUGCCUUGGUUCCCACGUCGUAUUCGGGAUUUGGAUCGCUUUGCCAAUCAAAUUUUAUCCUACGGAGCAGAACUGGAUUCUGACCAUCCGGGAUUCACCGAUGAGAAAUACCGCGCCCGUCGCAAAUACUUUGCCGACAGCUUCAACUACAAGCACGGUCAACCGUUGCCACAUGUCGACUACACCGAAGAAGAGGUCAACACUUGGAGGGUGGUCUUCCAGAACCUGACCAAACUCUACCCGACGCAUGCCUGUCGGGAGCACAACCACGUGUUUCCUCUGCUAAUCGAGAACUGCGGCUACAGGGAGGACAACAUCCCACAGCUGGAAGACGUGUCCAACUUCCUGAAGGAUUGUACCGGUUUUACGCUUCGUCCGGUUGCUGGCCUGCUGUCAUCGCGCGAUUUCCUCGCCGGCUUGGCGUUCCGCGUGUUCCACUCGACGCAGUAUAUCCGUCACCCGAGCAAGCCUCUGUACACCCCGGAACCGGACGUAUGCCACGAACUGCUUGGCCAUGCGCCGCUGUUUGCCGAUCCUUCGUUUGCACAGUUUUCGCAGGAAAUCGGAUUGGCUUCGCUCGGAGCCCCAGAUGAGUACAUCGAAAAGCUGGCCACGGUGAGUAACUGAAACAUAGUGGAUAGUUACGUGUGUUCUUUUGAAUUAUGGGAUUAACGUGAAUGGACUGAGAUGAAAGAUUUUCUACAAAAAUCCUAGGCCAAUAGUAGAAAGUUCAAAGUUAAUCUCACUUGAGACUUAUCAAAAAUAUGCUGAAUUACUGAGAUCUUCACUGUUCCUGUUGAAAAAUUAUAUUUGUGCGAACU